AUGCCGAAGCUGUUGGUGCUCAUCCUGCUGGGGCUGGGACUGAGAUUCUUCAGGGAUCACAAGUCUAACCAAACACGAUUUACUGCUUUCCGAGAAGUAAACCCAGUAGAACUUCCUAACUGUAAUUUAGUUAAAGGAAUAGAAUCUGGCUCUGAAGACUUGGAGAUACUUCCUAAUGGACUGGCUUUGAUUAGCUCCGGAUUGAAAUAUCCUGGAAUUAAGAGCUUUGAACCUGAUAAACCUGGGAAAAUACUUUUGAUGAACCUGAAUGAGGAAGAUCCAACAGUGUCAGAAUUGAGCAUCACUGGAAGUGACUUCAAUUUGUCUUCGUUUAACCCUCAUGGGAUCAGCACAUUCACAGAUGAAGAUAAUACCGUGUACUUGCUGGUGGUGAGCCAUCCAGAAUUUGAGUGUACCGUUGAGUUGUUUAAAUUUCAAGAGAAAGAAAAAUCACUUUUGCAUCUGAAAACCAUCAGACACGAACUUAUGCCUAAUUUGAAUGAUAUUGUUGCCGUGGGACCUGAGCACUUUUAUGCCACAAACGAUCACUAUUUUGCUGAACGCUACUUGAAAUCCUGGGAGUUAUAUUUGGGUUUAGCAUUGUCGUAUGUUGUUUACUAUAGUCCAAAUGAAGUUAAAGUGGUGGCAGGCGGAUUUGAUUUUGCUAAUGGAAUCAACAUUUCACCUGACGGCAAGUAUGUCUAUGUCUCUGAACUUCUGGCUCAUAAGAUUCACGUGUAUGAAAAGCAUGCUACUGGGACGUUAACGUCAUUGAAGUGCUUGACCCUUAACACACUUGUGGAUAACAUAUCCGUGGAUCCCGUGACAGGGGACCUGUGGAUUGGAUGCCAUCCCAAUGGCAUGAGAAUCUUCUUCUACGAUGAGAAGAAUCCACCUGGAUCAGAGGUGAUUCAAAUCCAGGACAUUUUAACAGAAGAACCCAAAGUCACAGUGGUUUUUGCAGAAAAUGGUACAGUGCUGCAAGGAAGUUCAGUUGCCUCUGUGUACAAGGGGAAAUUGCUGAUUGGCACUGUAUUCCAAAAAGCUCUUUACUGCAAGCUCUAA